AUGAGUCGCUCUGCCUGCAGUUCAUUGUCAUCCCAGCGUACCUCCCGAAAGGGAGGGAGGGCGCUUUCUUAUCUGUUGCUUGUUUCGCUCUGCUGUUUUUUCCUCUGGAGCCAAAAUAACGUGUUGUACGCAAAUGGACAUGGGUGCUGCAGGGGUGGUGGUUGUGGAUCCGCCUCACCGUCGGCACCAUCUGGAGAUAGUGGCUCGGACGGUCCUACUCCUGUGAGUGUGCUUCUUCCAAUCAAACUCGGUUACAAGUCGUAUUUCAUCUUCGGUGACAUCUAUGGCAAGCUCUACGAUUUCACCAAGUCUCUCUUGGGCAGGCCACUUUCCCGUUUUCUCCGACGGCGCGCGCAGCCUGUCGCGUACAAAGUCAGUACACAUUGGUUCCAAGCCCUUCUUCUGCAGUUGACAGGUGCUAUUAAACCACAAAAUGGAGGAGCUGGUGCGCAGUUGGAGCAAACGACGCUGAAUCGUGCAACGCUUUCCGAACUGGCUGAAAAGUUUGAGGUGAUCACCACGACCGCCUGGAAGAGCAGUGGACCAGAGACUAGAAUGCCAGUGUGUCACGUCGGUGACAAGAGCUGCCGUUCGAGGAUUGAAGAAGUCCUUUAUACAGCGAUGACCCUCUUCUAUUCGACGGUGCUGUCGACUCAAGGAUCGGGGGCACUCCUGAGAAAUUUCAAGCGCGUUUUGGAAAUGGAGGAGUGCCCGUUCUCGGCGUACUCUGACCCUGACUUUGUCAAUGCAGCAGAUUAUGACGGCGCGUCUGAGACGUCUGAAGUCAAUUUGCGGCUCGCUGAGCUGGGUAAAAAGAAAUACAGCAGCGAGAUUUGCCAUAGAUUCCGCGCCAGUGUAUUGGCUGAAAUGAAAACUGCUGGUGUAACUUUGGAGGAACAAGUGAGCAAAAUGAAGGCAGAGAAGCACGGGCACUCCUCGUAUACUCUCCAAGACGCCGCCAAGUCCGCCCAUGCCAAACUGAGCGGCGAGCCAUCCUUUGGUCAGGCGUCCCUACUGGCUGCUGUCAGGGGAGAAGCCUCGGCUCUCGGAAUGGAACCCUCCGACUGUUGCAAGAAAGGCGACGCGGUCGCUGCCGCGAUUAUGGCCGCCAAGCAAUCAUUGGGUCCCGUACUUUUUGACGCAUUUCUGCUUAAAACUGAGGAAGAGCUGCGCACAUCAGGCGAGUUGUGCUCAAACAUGCAAGAAGCUAUCGAGGCGGCAAAGAAGAAGGAGGCCGAGAAAGAAGCGGAGAAAGAAUCGGGGACGGAAAAGAAGGAGUGCUGCUGCGAGGAGAAGAAGAAGGCAGGAAAACAAUAA